AAGACUUUCUGCCCGGAUCGGAUUGACAGAGGGUAAUCGUGUACUCCCCGCUAUUUGCCCCUUGUGUUCAUUAUCGCCGUCCUGGUCCGCCCGCCGAACUGCAGGAAUUUGCCCAGAGAUUCAACGCGGAUAAAUAAAGAAUAAAAUAAGAAUUUUAUUUUAUAAAAGACAAAGAAAAACAGGGAAAGAAGGAAGGAUACGAGGGGACGGAGAGGAACAUCGCAAAAGGGAAAACAACACUCUCGUCUAUUCUUCUUACUGUCAGAUCAUGACUCCGAGGUUGACCACAACUAUUCUCGAGGGAAACAGGCGAUAAUACAACCCCAGAGCAGAACUAUCCAGUAUCCACGGUCUAGCAACAAAUUAUGGCUGCGGGCGAACUGUCGGAGAGCGGAGUUGCCGACAUUGUCCGCGCGCUGGAGCUCAUUCACGACCCGUCAUCAACAAAUGAGCAACGCAGACAGGCCCUGACAUUUGUGGAAUCACAGAAGCAGAACAAAUCGGCCUCUCAGAAUGGAUUUAUUUUGGCUUCACGAGCGGAGAACCCUCCCCUGGUUCGACAUUUCGGACUCGCGCUUUUGGAUCACGUCUUGCGUCAUACAUCUUUCACCUCCACGGAACAGCUGAAGGAGCUAGUCUUGAAGCUUGCAGAGUCUAUUCAACCGCAGGAUCCGCCUUACAUUCGCAAUAAGAUUUCACAAUUGUGGGCUGAGGUUGCGAAGAGGAGUUGGGGUCUGGAUUGGAAUUCUAUGGACGAGGACCUCGUCAAGCUGUGGGACGCGGCGAGUCUUGUGCACAAGGAGUUUAUUCUUUCUGUCUUGGAGACUCUGUCCGAGGACAUCUUUUAUCGGGAGGAUACAGUCUCGUCUCUGCGUGGCACGGAUCUCAACAGGGCGCUCGUGGAGAUCUUCACGCCCUUGACCGUCUUUGAGGAAGUGUAUCCUAAUAAGGAUCGUCAACUUGACCUCCGUUGCGGUACUGAUGGGUGGCUCGUGCGAACUCGUCAGUUCUUAGAUGGCUGCAUCCAAAACUUACGGUAUCUGAAGGGAGCAAGAGAUGCGGCCCUUAAGGCGCUUGCGACCCUGCGGUCCGUUCUAGUAUGGUCUAUCCCGAAGGCUGUCAUUUCGUCGCUUUGCGUUCCUACUAUUUUCGGAGCUUUCGCUUGCGAAGAUGAAGAAGUGCGGCUGGCUGCCAUUGAAGCCCUUCACGCACUCUAUAGUCGGUCCAAUAUCGAGAUUGAAGAGUUCCAACCUCUAAUUCAUUUGAUGUACGAAACAAACUACCUAAAUGUCUUGCGAGAUAUAUAUGAGUGGUCAAUUGUUAGCCCUGAUAGCAUCGAUGACACAAAGUAUACAUUGUCGAAAAAGCUGUCUGAGCUUAUGUCGUAUGUGGCCGGUUUCCUCGAGCAAAAGGGAUUCUCAUUCGAUAGCGCACACGGCAUGAACCUUCCAGUCUUCUUCCAUUUUUUGAUCAGAAUACUCCAGCAUCAAAGCCUCUCGGUUUCUAUAUCCGUUCUUCAUGUGUGGACCAAACUACUGGCAUCCGAGAAAACUGGGAAUACGGAUCUGGUCAUUAGCUUGAUUCCGUCCUUGCUAGAAAUUUGCACUCAGCGGCUGAUUCGCUGGGAGUCUCUUCCAGAGGAUAUUGAAGAGCCCACAGUGAUGUUCCUCAAUGAGGACAUCGACACAGUUCCAGAGAAACAUGUCUUCGUUGGCAACUAUCGGCGGUACUGCUCUUCAAUCGUCGAGUCUAUUGCACAGAAACGGCCUCAAGAAGCCAUUCCACAUAUUCUUUCUGGGGUUGAUGUCAACUUGGACAAUCUUUAUAGUGGAGUUGCUCCAUUCAGUGUUCAAACAUUCCAAAAGACGUCAAUACCGUUGAUGCGUGCUGACACACAAUUUGCUGUUGUGGAAGCAACUCUGAAGGGCUAUAGUAAAUGGGUUAUUUCCCAUGGGAAAAUGCCUCAGCAAGAUGAGCAAAGACGGCGGGACUUGGAGAAUACUCUGGAAAUAUGGGCCAUUAGUUUAAUGCAAAGGAAUUUCGAGGAUCCUAUUAUAAGGCAGAGAGCAAUUAAGCUCAAUGUUGAUAUAUCAUCUAGGGCUCUUGAUAAGACCCCAAGCUUUGCCCUCAAGGUUUUGGAGUAUAUCUUGAUGGCUCGCCUUCCUGAUCAGCCAGGGUGUCCUGCUUACUCAGAAGCUGUGAAGGAACUUCAUGGUCUAGCUAGCCACGAGUUGCGUCGGCUCGCAAUGCGCUAUGCUGAUUAUUUUGCCACCUUCUAUGACCUUCUCGAGCCGAAGAUCAAGGAGAUCACCUUGACAAAUAAUGCGGAUGAUAGUCUGCAUAUGGAGUAUACAUCGGUGCUACUUAUAAUAAUGCAACGGGCAGCUAAUGUCGAUCCGUACUUGCGUGAAUCUCGACUAAGGUCUUUUAUUGGGCCGAUUAGGGAAGCCUGGCAAGACCCGGAGUUUAGGCGCUUAAGCUCAUCGUUUGAGGGGUAUUGCACCAUGCUUGGGUUGGGAAGUGUUGGACCUUAUAUGCAGGCCAAGCAAGCGCAUACUCUGGGGGAUUGGUCAUCGGUUCCUCUAGAUCCCGAAGGGAAGAAGUUACAAGAGGAUAUGACGAGGAAAUUCCAACUGCUACCGCUGCGAGGCACAAAGACAAUGCUGGCGGUCUCCACGGAUAAGCUGAGAAAAGCCGAUCCAGCAUACGAAGCCGCCUGUGUUAUAUGGCAUGACACAAUCCCCGUUAUCCUCCCAACGCUGCUCCAGCUUGUCAGCAAUGCGCAUGCCUUUCAUAACCCUGCAAAUUGGGGCGGUGUUCCUGAUGAAAUGCGCAGGGUUGUCGAGAGGAUUUUGACCGAUAGAUUUUGGCAGGCCGGUAUUUCAACAGGCAGCAGAGAAGAAUUCUAUGCUAGGAUCACAGCAUCCCGAUCAACUCUGGAAGGCUUUGCAUCCUCUGUUCGCGGCAAGAUCAGGGCGGUCCGUGAAUCUUGCUAUUCAAUGCUGUACAGUAUGAGCAGAUUACGGGAGCACUUCUACGGGUUUUCUGAGCUUCCAGGGUUGUUGUCCGAAGCUUUAUUCAAAGACUCGACUCACCUUUCAUCACAUCAGUUUUCGGUCCUUCUCAACAUAUCCCGAUGUCUGAUUGAUGACUGCCCUGCGCAAUCUUGGGGGCAUUUCUUGCCUCCAAUGCUAGCGAGCUUGUUCACUAGCAUCGACCGGAAGAUUACGUCUGAGUGGGAUUCUAUCGAACAACGCAAGAUAGGGCUCGCUGAUGGCGAUCUAACCGAUGAAAUGAAGUCAGAGAGCAUCCUGCGGCAAUUGACUUACUCUGCGGUGAUCAUGGUGGCGAGUCUCUUAGAUCCGCAGAGAGCAGAUGGAGCUGAAUCUACGCACCCAGCUUGCUUACAAGGCCCGCCAGCAGCCUCUGAUUCUAUCCGCAAUUUUAUUUUGUCCUCACCCGCCAUUUUCGAGCCCAUCAUGCUCUUCUGUACACAUGCCCUCCGAAUGCGCGAUACGCGAUGCUGUAGUAUCAUUACCCGUGUCAUUCGGUCCAUCUUGCAGGAUUUCGCACCCCCGGAUGGCGCUCCCACCAUCGUCACCAUCCGGGAAUUUAUUUGUUCCCAGGUUCUCAUGGCCUGUGUUACAUCCGUGCAUGAACCCUACUUCGUCGAUAUGCAGAAGGACCUCGCCCAGUUGAUCGCCUCGAUCUGGGUGAUGUAUGGUCCUAGCAGCGCUACACCGCACUCUGUGAUCUUGAGUCUCCCCGGAAUGACGGAACAGCGUGUGAACGACACUGAAUUGGCCCUUGUUAGAUCGACGUCUUCACGGCAACAGCGAGCACUCGUCUUGGAUCUCCUUGAAGAUCUGAGAGGAGUAAGUAUUGCGGAACAAGGAAAGAUCCUAGACUCCCGUGAGGGACGCCGGCAUGCGAGGAGUGCACUGCAACAAAGAUAUAUGACCAGCGAAAUGGAAGGGCAGCAGAAUACCAAGGUCAAUAUCAAUGACGGGCCUGAUUUGACUGGCAUUGCAGAUAUGUUUGGCUAG